AUGUGUGCCAGCUACAUCCGUAGAGGCAGUGUCCCUGUAGAUGUGGUUCCUGCCCAGCAACCCCUUUGUCAGGACCCUUCCCUGCCCUGGCACACUCUCUCUUCAUUAUAUCCCUCAUCCAGUUCCCAGGCAUUCACAGUGGGCAGAGAGAGGCAAGGAAUCAGUGCAGGGAUGGAGAUGGGCCCAGGGGCUGCAAGGCCUUGUGACCCACUUCCAAUCACCACCCCCAAGACUGCCAAACAGUGCAAUGCCAUUAACACAGACACCGACAAAAACAAGGAGAAGACGUACAACUUGGAAAGAGGAAAAAUUCCACCAAUGAUUGAGCUGGGCCUCGCUGACGGCAGUCUGAUCGACGAGCUGAUGGAGCUGACAGCACAGAGCCUCACUCAGCUGGAGAUCCAGGAGCGUUUCAACAUCAUCAAGGAGAUCGGCCGAGGGAAAUACGGCAAAGUGCUGCUGGUCACUCAUCGCUUCAGGGGGACUCCCAUGGCCUUGAAAGUGAUGCCCAAAGCCUCGACUAAGCUCCAGGGCUUUCUACGAGAGUACUGCAUCUCCUUACACCUGUCCUGCCACCCCUGCAUCGUGGGCCUCUUUGGCAUUGCUUUCCAGUCUAAUGAGCACUACUGCUUUGCCCAGGAGCUUGUCAUUGGGAGGGACCUGUUUGCUGUCAUCCAGCCAAAGGUGGGUAUCCCAGAAUCUUCGGUAAAACGUUGUGUCCUCCAGAUAGCCAGUGCUUUGGAGUUCAUCCACAGCCAUGGUCUGGUUCACCGUGAUGUCAAGCCUGAAAACAUCCUCCUGUUGGACAAUCACUGCUGCCAGGUCAAGCUGGCGGACUUUGGCCUGGCUCAGAAGAGAGGCACUCUGAUACGCUUCAUCACAGGAACCCUUCCCUACAUGGCCCCAGAGCUUUGUACAGUGGCCCUGAUGGAGGGCCAAAAAGAAGUGACAGCUCCUCCGCUUAGUGUGGAGCCAAGUCUGGACACCUGGGCCUUCGGUGUGGUUAUCUUCUGCAUCCUUACGGGGUAUUUCCCCUGGGAGCGCUGCAUGGACUCGGACGACUUCUACCAGGAGUUUGCAGACUGGUGCAGAAUGAAGGAGAGACCAAACACUGAGGAGGACAUUCCUCCUUUGUGGAAAAGGUUCACUCCAGAAGCCAUGGAAAUGUUUGGUAAGCUCCUGGCUCUGGAUGUAGGAAAGAGGUGUACAGUGGGGGAAGUGAGCACGUAUGUGGAGAAAGACUGGCUUAAGAAGGUACAUCGGAUUGAGCAGCAGCAGACAGCAGAAAGAAGCAGUGCCUCUGGGAAUAAUCCUGGGCAUUGCGAGAUGGAAAUACAGCCUAAUACAUAG